AAGCCCCGGCUGGAGUGUUUUAUCAAUAUACAGAUUACACGCCACUACACUGCAGUGUAUGUUGUGUUGUAGGGUUUUUCAUUCAGAGAGAAAGAAUGUUAACAUGAAAGUAUACCUGUGGCCUUGGGCUGCAAGUUGAUCUUGUUUUUAAUGCUAAUAAUGACCGAUGUAACAGACACCGGUCCCGAUAGCAAAGACAUUGAUGAGGUUGUUCUAGGCGAGAUGAGGGACCAGUCUGUAGAUGACAGUAGCAAUGUGAGGAUAGACAGUCAGCUAGGGGACCAGUCUGGUGAAGAUACUUGCAGUAAGAGUGCAGGGGACCAGUUUAAAGUACCACACAAUCAGACAUUUGAUGCAAGCCAAUCAAGGGAGGAGGAUAGUCCUACAAAAAGGUUUAAUGAGUUUACUGUGUUAAUUGGAGAAACUGAGGCAUCCAUGAGAGACAAACUGUCGGAACUUACAUUACCAGGUAGUGGUGAUAGUGAAAAAGUCAAGACUGAUAUCUCUGUCUCAGCUGAAACACAAGCAGAGAGUACUGGGGAUAAGGAGAAGGAUGACCGUGAAAAUACUAGUCAUAAACCUACCAUUACUGAUGCUGGCUCUGAUACAACUAGUAAUGAAAAUACUACUAGGUGUGAAGUCAGAUCUGAGGAAGUAAUUGGUAACAAGGUUGUGAGUGAGGGUACAGGUGUGGAAACUAACAAGGAACUUAUGGAUGAUACGAGUGCCAAUGAACUGCAGAUCAAUGAAGUUGUUUCAGAUAAUAAAGCUGCUGAAGAGGUUGAUGAGCCAGUGACAGUUGUAGAUGAUAAAAAUAUGCCUGACAAAGAAGCAUUGAUGACAGAACCUGAGAACAAGAGAAACUGUCAGACUGAAGAGAGCAGUCAGGUUGGACAGCUGUGUUCUAUGCCAGGGAUCAAUUCAAAUGAUGGACACUCUACCAGUCAAUCAGAAGUUCACAGUCUGGUUGUACCUGAAGAUGGGCAACAUACUAAUGUUAAGGACAGUGGUAAAGCAGUUACAGACACAUGUGAUAUGAUAGAACAGUCAGUUGAACCAAAUAAUGAAACAGUAAUGACAAGUGAAAAACUAACACAUGACAUACAGAUGGUUGAAUCAGAAUGUCCUGAAGUUGUUGAUGAAAUUGGAAUUGACUCUGUUGCAAAGGGCACUUCUAAGAAUGAUGGGAUAAUGGAUACUAGUGAAGAUGUUGAACUUGAUGACUCUCAUAAAAUUGUAGACAGUGAGGCCAAAGAUACUGAAGGUGCAUGUGAUAGUACUGUGUCUGUAUGUAGUGCCAGUACAAAUAACCAAGAUGUGAAUGGCCAUCAACUAAAUAGAAAUUCAGCAGACAAUGAGAUUGUAAGUAAUAAAGAUAAUGAUGUCGAAAUGGAAUGUCAAGAAAGCAUGGAGGGAGUUGGGAACAAUUUUGAAGAACUUGGAGAUGAAAAUGAAGGGAAAGACUCAGCUGAUACAUGUAAUGAAUCAGAUCCAGGUGAAAAUGAUGCUGAAGAGAGCUUUAUGAUCAUAGAUGUCAGAUCUUUAACAGAAAAUAGCGGAAUUGACAAUUUCAGUAGUACAAAUGAAAAUGUUGUAAAGGAAAAUAAUACAGGAAUGGAAUUGGAAGAUAUUUCAAAUAAAAAGCAACUGCAUGAAAACCAAGAUUCAGGUGAAGAGACCCAAUCUGAAAUAAGUACAGCAGAAAGUGUAACAUUAGAAAAGUCUCAAUCUCUUAGCAAUUUAAAGAGUAAGAGAAAGUCUCCACAUUCUGUAAGAAGAAUUACUGACCUAACUGAUUCAGAAGAAACAGUAUCUGAUUUUCAGACACCUGUGACAGACAGCAGUACCCCAUGUACAUCCAUACAAACUGAUACAAGUACUAUUGAAAGAUCAGAUAUGACUGUAACCGCUUUAAAUGUCACUUCCUCAGAGUCAGAAUCUCUCCCAGUGAUUUCAAAUACAUUUUCAAUGAAAGAUUUCUCAAGUUCAGCUUCAGUAGUAAAGAAUGAACCACCAGAUGAUGGGAUGUAUGGUGUGAUGCAGAACUCUGGAAAUGUUUCACAAAUAAGAAAGCUUCCUGCAUAUGUUUCAGCUCGAGCUACUGCGGUGAAUUUAAUACCUGGAAAUGCUGUCAUUCACAAAGGUCAGAUAUUGAGUCAAGGGAAACCGGGUUCCAGCUUGCAAAAAAUAGGGAGACCACAGUCUGCACAGUCGCAGAAAUUGGUGAUAUCCAAAGUCCCACCAAUGGUGUGUCCUACUGGUGUAGCAGUGUCCUUGGUAAGUUCUGCCCCAUCUUCACUGACCCGGUAUCAGCUCUCCACUGGUGUUACCCAAGCAGCAGCUAAAGUACAAGCUGUACCACGUUCAAGAAUUUCUGGUGAAAACACUGCUGCUGUUGUUGCGUUAAGGAAUUUAGCACCAAGACACGCUGUCCCUAUAUCAGUUCAGAAUGGAAAUGUUCCAACAAUUUUGACGUCUGCAUUACCCCCUAAAGACCAAAGUAAAGAAAAGACAACAUCUUUCAAUAGCAAGAACUUAUCAACGAUUAAUAUUCAUUCUGUUGGGGUUGCACGAAUUACAGAUUUGAUAGCACGCAAAAACCCAAUACCAACGUUUAAACCUGAUCCAAUACCUGAAAAUCUGAAAUCAAUUCAAAGCUUGAAGAUUUACCCUUGCUAUGAGUGCGGUGAUAGUUUCCAUUUUGAAAAAAGCUUGAGGCAGCACUUAGGUAGAUGCAGCAUGAAAAUUUCAUACAAAUGUGAAGAAUGUAAGACAAAAAUUAUGUUCACAAAUAAAUGUCAGUUGUUAAAUCACCUGAGGUCACAUUUGAAUAUUGAAAAGACUCAGGCUGUGCCGAUUCACAUUAAGUCAGAUUCAAUUGAGAUUGAGACAAAUUACAAAGACAUCAAUGUUGGUCAGCCAUUUGAAUGGUACAAAGAGUCUAACUUAAAUCCAAAUGUUCAUGCCAAAGGUAUAGCAUUUGUAUCAUCUCUUCAAUGUAUAGAAUGUGGUAAGAUGUUUUCAGACAUAGCGGAGCUCCAAAAUCAUGUCAAAGGCGAUGAUUCCAAGCACUACUUUUGUGAAGAGUGUCCGAUAUAUGUAAACAGUAAAUGUUCAUUACAGGCUCAUAUAAAACUUCAUGAACUAAAUGACAUCAAGUUGAACAAAUCGCUCAGUGUUGAGCAAUGGAGUCUUUUGAAAACACUAUCAUGUCCAGAGUGUGGGAGACAUUUUUGGAGUGCGCGUCAUGAAGGGGAUGUGAUCAGCCUCCUUAACAACAUGGCUCUUCAUUUGAAAAAUGUCUGUUUCCAUUUGUCUAGACUCCCAGCAUAUAAAUGUAGCAAAUGUAUGAAGAUGUUCCAGAGUUUUGAAGGGCUGCGAAAUCACCUUAACACAAGUCUAGAACAUUAUUACAAGUGUGGGUUGUGUCCAAUGGCCUUGAAGUCUCUGAAAAGUCUCGAGUCGCAUCACGGCUUGAAACAUAAACCUGUAGAAAAUUCAGACGCAAUGAUUGGUCUGAAAGCUAAGAUCAUCUACAGAUGUCAUGUUUGCGAUACAUUGAUAGAUGAUAAAUCAUUUUUGUUUCGGCAUAUUGAUAGACAUUUGGAGGAAUGCAAAAAGCAUCCAGAAACACACUACCAUUGCUUGCAGUGUGGACAGAUAUUUAUGGAGAAAAAAGAUCUGUUAGAGCACUAUACCAAACAUACUGCAGUGCGACGGCAAUUCUGGUGUACAUUUUGUUCCAGGGAUAGAGUCAGAGCUGUUCCAUAUAUUAUGCACAUGCUAAAGUUCCAUACAUCAACACGAUCCUUAAUGGCCAGUAGAAGCAUCGUUAAGUUCUGUGAUCUCUGUGGCCUCGUCUGUGUCGGUGAACAUAUGUUUCAGAAGCAUGUAUGUUUAGGUAUGAGAAAUGCAUCAGUUGUUAUCGGGGAUAAGUCAGAGAAGACAGAAGUCAAAGAAAGAACAAAAACUUGCGGAGAGACAGAAAUGAGUGGAACAGGUAAUGCAGCCACUUUUGACAUUGCAGGUAACAAAGUCAGUACCAAAUGUGUAGCUUGUUCCAAGGUAUUUGAUUCAAUUAUCAGUAGGCAGAAUCACUUGAGAGACCACCGAGACAUUGACAUGAUUUUCAUCUGUAAAUUCUGCGAUAUGAUGAAUUUCAAAAGUUACCAUGAGCUCAGAAGUCACGAAAUAGCUUGUACUGCCUUGAGUCAUAUGCCGAAAGAAAAACCUACUAGUGAUCCAGUGAACAAACAGAGCUUGCCUAAGUAUCGGGUGGUCAGAAGUAAAGCUAUACAGAACAAACAUGACAUGCCUCAGUAUCGGAAAAUCUUAAGUAAAGAUGAACUUAUAGAACAAAAGAUACGAAUGAGACAGAACGAUCAUGUAGACAAGAAUCCGUACACAGAUGGAGUAGAAUUAACUCCAGAGGAAAGUAAAAAAAAAUCUAAACGUAAACAGGAAGUGGUGGAAUACCACAUGUGUGACAAAUGUGAUGCCGUGUUUACACGCAAGUCAAAACAGGAAGAACAUAUAAAAUCUGAGCAUGGAAUUCAUCCUUGCCAUCUGUGUGGAUUGAUGCACGAAUCACAGAGCUCAUUGAAGAAACAUCUAAUGGUGGACCAUGAAGGCAAACGUAUGUUGCUCUACUGUGGUAUAUGCAAAAGUCGUAAAAUUGACAAAGCAUUCAGUGUAAGAGAAAAAAUAAUAAAACACUUCAAAGUUAAGCACAGAAUGAAAGUUAUUGACGAGUCUAAAAUUAUAACUCAGUUACCAGGCCUGCCGGAACCUGUUAAGGAAACUACACCGGAAUCUCAAAAACGUAAAUUGUCCUCGUCCGUUUCCCCAGAAACAUCUGUAAAAAAGCUUCGUAUUGAAGGAGAAAGUGAUUUCAAAUGUGCAAAAUGUUUGUUCACAUGUGAUGUCAAGUCUGACUUCAGACAGCAUAUUUUAGAACAUAAAGCAGCAGAUACUUACCAGUGUUUUGAAUGUGGGCUUUGCUUUGCAGUCUUGCCUUCACUGAAAAAACAUGUGUUCAUGGUGCACAAGGUGCGAGAUUUUAAUUCUUACAUGGAAGAAAACAAGAUUGAAGAGCCUACUGCACUAGAAGAUAAAGAUGUUGAUAUUGUAAGGGAACCAGAGCCUGAAGCUCAGGAAGCAAUGGAAGAGUCGUCAGAAGAAGAACAGAGUGGUGACCCACUGGAAUGCAAGGUGUGUUAUAAAUCAUUUGAAAGUGAGAAAGUACUAAAAAGCCAUAUGAGAACACAUGGUAUGGCAUUUAUAAGAAAGUCCCGCAGAAGAGCACAUACUUUUUCUCCACGUAAAAAAUCUGGAAAUGAUGCAGCAUACAGCAGUUCCCAGGAGGAAGGUAAAAAAGAAGGGCUGAUUCUUAAAAUCAAAAGAUUGAAACCAGAAAUCAUUUAUAAUAUGAAACCUGACCCCAAGCUUGCUUCUACAGACUCAGUUGAAAUAGACAUUGAAGCAAUGGACACUGAAGCAGUAGAAGAUUUAGAACCAGGGGAUGCAGAUGCAGAUCCUGUUUCUACUGAAUCAGUGAAAAACACUCCUGAAAUGUUAAAGAAUCGUGAGAAAUCUGUAGAAAAAUCACCUGAUAUAGCUCCCGCUGAAUGUAGUGUGGAUAUAGCUGCCAGUUCUGAAAAUCCUGCUGAUGAUAUAGAUACAGAGCUAUAAUCACUAAAAUGUGAUUUAAAGAUUAAGUAGAUCAGGAACAGUCAAUAGAGAAUAGAAUAACGACAUUGGGAACACAGAUAACUUGGAUUUAAACAAGGAAAUGAUGCUAUGUAACAUUGAAGAACUUUUGUACAUAAAAAAAAAUUUAGCUGUUCUUACUGUAUUUUGAUACAGAAGCACUGAAAAUAACAUAUAAUAAGUGAUUUUUUUUCUCAGAUCCAAGAAACAAGUACAAAUUAAGUGUAAAGAUCUGAAAAAAAAGCUACAACAUGUAUGUAUAGUAUUUACCUUGUUGGAAUAAUUUGGUUUUUAUAUGUAUUUUGAAAAAGAUAGAUUCUUAUUUUAUGGAUGGUAUUUCCAGCCUUUCAUGUGACAAGUUAUAACAGGUUAUGUUUUAAAAUAUAUAACUGGAGAAAUAGAAAAAUUUCAUACUUAUUGUGCCUUAAUGAAAUCCAUUUCUGAGCAUGAAAAUCAUUACAGACCAUAUGACUGGUAUAAUAUUAAAAUAACAAUGUUGCUCAUUACAAACUUGGAGUGGUCUGCAUGUAUUAAGUGUAUAAUAUACGAGAAACGGGCGAUAGCUGCACCACGGAAAUGUCGAUAGCUCUUUUCCUUAUCACCACAAUUUGGUGGUGGCGCUAGCGUUUAGUAGCCGUGAUAUACUGACUAAAGGUUAGGGUUAGGAUUACCAUUGGUUUCAAAAUGUAUACAUUAAAGAUGCUUAUCAUUCAAAUUGCUUGAAUCCGGUAUAUACCAGAGUCUGUAAUUUAUCACAGGCACUUCAGGUCUUUUUUCAGUCAGUCUAAAAAUACAGGUCAUGUGACUGGUAUAAGAAUACAUGUGAUGUGAGUGGUAUUAGAAUAUAGGUCAUGUGACUGUUAUUAGAAUUCAGGUUGUGUGACUUGUAUAAGAAUACAUGAUGUUACUGGUAUUAGAAUACAGGUCAUGGUAUUAGAAUACAGGUCAUGUCACUUGUAUAAGAAUACAUGAUGUGACAAGUACAGUCAAAUACCGUUACCUCGAUAUUCAAGGGACUGCAAAUAUUUUAUGGACGUAUCUGAAGUUCGACGUAAUGAUAUUGUCAAUCUGGGACUAUAUUUUGUAUCUGUGUAGGAUGUCUAUAUUGUCACUACAUCACAUGCUUCUUUAGAGGGUUUGAAAGGGAAAAAUCGUUUUUAAUGCGUUUGGAUAAUGAAAAACUGCCAUUUGAAUAUGCAUAUUGUUACUCAAUCGAAAUAUUGUUAUAUUGGAAAACGGAUUGCCCACUUGCUCGCUGUUUUAGACUAAUUAUUGAGAAUUAAAUGCAAACUUGCUAACAUUUAAACUUAAAGAUUAAAUAACAAAAAGACAAACACACAAACCUGAUUAUAAUUAUUACAUCGCUGAACAACAAUAUGUUGAUUUUCACACCUUACAAACAACAUUGAUAUUUUUGACACGCUUUGAUAUCGAUGAAACCAGGUGUAAAACAGUACCGGUAAGUUGACGGGACUGAAAAAUCCCUUCGAGCUAAUCAAAACAUCAAGCUAAUGAUAUCGAGCUAAUGAUAAAUAAUACAAUUAAAAUAUAUAGAGAAAAGUUGGGACCGACUAAAAACACAUCCUGCUACCGGAGUAUCAAAAUAACCGAUAUCGAGGUAAUAAUAUUCAGCUGUAUUAGAAUACAGGUCGUGUCACUUGUAUAAGAAUACGUGAUGUGACUGGCAUUAGAAUACAGGUCAUGUCACUUGUAUAAGAAUAUGUGAUGUGACUGUUACUAGAAUACAGGUCAUGUGACUGGUAUCAGAACAAGGUCAUGUGACUGGUAUUACAAUACAUGUGAUGUGACUGGUAUUACAAUACAGGUCAUGUACUGGUAUUAGAAUACAUGUGAUAUGACUGGAAUCGAAAUACAGAUCAUGUGACUGUUAUUUGAAUACAGGAUCAUGCAGCUGGUACCAGAAUACAGACUGUUUGGCUUGUAUUAGAAUACACGACUUGUGACUGGUAUUAGAAUACAAUUUACAUAAUAUGAUUUAUAAGUGAAAGUUUCCUAUUACAGUACAUGUAGUAAAUGUAAAUAGAACUUCAACUAUAUCUACAAAUACUUUCAUUGUAACUAUUUAUGAUACUAUCAAUACGCAGAAUUUUUGUAUAAAGUUUGACUGUUCUGCGCACCAACACAUACAGUAGAAAGUAUAGAGUACAUGAAGUUAUUUGUUUAAUUUUUAAGGUAAAUAGUUUGUGCUGAUUUCAGGUUUCCAGCGUUAAUAAAAUUUAUUAAUAAAUAAUUAAUAAAGUUAAUAAAACCAGAUUUGCAGAACUCGCCAAGAUACAAAAUGUAUCAGUUUUAGCAUUGCUAAAGUAAUUUUUUCAUAUUUUUAGGCAGUAAUAAUAAACUUUUUAUCGAAGUUUAUUAAAAAAAAAAAAAAAAAAAACAUUUUGUAAAUGGACCUGUGGUACAAAUUAAGGAGGUAAAAUAAGAAACUGGAAAAUGACAUUUACAGAUGCACACCUUAUUGUUAUCUUUUAUACAUGGGGAAUUUUACGCAAGUUUGUGCAAUAAUGAAGAGUGCAAAAUAAUGUUUACACAUUUUUAGCUUGACUACUUUGAAAAGUGAGCUUUUCUACUCGCCUUAGCAGGGUUACACCUUAGUUAAAGUUUUGUGUGCAAGGCUGUAUCUCUGUAUCCACUCAGUGCAUUGAACUGAAGUUUCAAAACAUCAUGAUACCUACUUGCAUUGCCAUGUUAGAUUACUCUUGGUCGAAUUUAAUUGAAAUUAUGGCUUUUUUCUGAGAGAGCAACAUACUAUGCAAGCUAUAUCUUUGUAACAACUAUAUAAUUUUACUGUUUUAUUGGAUUUAAACUUCACACAAGCUUCCCUACCAUUCACAUUGUACAUACAUAAUUUAGAUAGACAAUUGUUAAAAGAAAUUUAUGUAUACUAUGGUUUUUCAGCUUAGAAAAGUUGGUUUAAGUUUUGCGUGUAACUAAUUGUCAAACUGUAUCACAGGAAAAUAUAUUGAACUUCACACAAGGCUUCCUAUUGUCCAAAUAUACUCAGAUACGUAACUAAGAUGAACUUUUAGCUUCAGUAAGAGCUUGUACUCCUGAGUGUUGCCGGCAGCAUCACACCAUGUAUAAUGUAUUGUGUGCAGUCAUAUUUCAGUAACCAAUGCAUGUAUUGGAUUGAAACUUCAUGUAAGGUGGUUUUCCAGUCAUCAGGUCUACUGAAGUAGCCAAGUAAGAUAACUCUUGGUUGAAUUUAAUGUGAAUUAUUGUCCCUUUUUUGUACCUAGGCAAAACAACUGUAUGUAUUGGAUGUACAAUUUUACACAAUGCUUCUUAGUCAUCAGUUGUACUUACAUAACUACCAAGGUAAAUAACUCCUGCUUGAAUUUUUUGUGAACAAUUAUCUUUCUUUAAAUUAGGAAUUUCGUUUAAAGUUUUGCAUUUGCAGGCAAUUUGUUAUUAUUCAUGUUUUGUUAAAACAUUAAUGUGCAGUAGAUUGUACAUGUAAUGAAAUAACUCAGUAAUGGCCAUUAUUCAACUUUCGUUGAAUGGUAGACUGCAUUGUCCUAUGGAUAGCUUCUGUUUACAUGUAUGAUAUAUUCAGAGUUUGUAACUACGUGUCCGUGUCAAGAUCAGUGUGAUAAUUUCUCGUGAAUAGUAGAACAUGCUGUCUUAUGGAGGGCAAUUGUUAUAGUAACAAUAGAAAAGACAAGUCAGUUGAGGCCGACACAGUUUUUGAAGUUGUCAGUUUAACUCGCUAUGUAUCUUACUGCAAGUACCUGCAAAACUUUUUGUAUGAAAACAAUUUCAUAUUAUGAUAUUUGUAAAUUGUUUUGACAGUACUUUAAUGAAGUGUAUUAAACGAUUAUCAAUUGAA